AUGGCCCCUGAAGCAGACGUGGUCGGCCUGCUCCUGCUCAGUCUGCUGGGGAUGAGCUCCACCUCUGAGCACGGUCGCUGUAAGAACUACCGGCUGCAGUUUGAGCGUGUUUUUUCCGUCCCGGGAGAUGUGGCCAUGCUCAACAGCACGCUCCUGUCCCCGAGCGUCUUCAACCUGAGUGCCACGCCCUACAAUGUCACGUGGUACCGGCUGCACUCCCACCUGCCAAUCAGCAACCAGCGGGGGCGGGUGCUGGUGCGGGCCGAGACCCUGUGGCUGCUGAACGUGACACUGGAGGACGCCGGCGACUACGUGACUGUAGUCAGCACCCCUGACGCGUGCUACCGGCAGCAGACCAAGAUGGUGGUGGACGUGGCCCUGUCCUCGUGUGGACGUCCCAGGACGACAGGGAAGAGUCUGAGCAAAGGGGUGACAGACCGUUUGUCCUGCCCCCUCAAGGGGUUAAUGCAGACACUGAACCGCUACGGGGUCGAAUACUCCCUUACCUGGUACAAGGGCUGUGAACUGGUGCCACACGACCACAGCAGGCUCCACUACUGGGAGACCUUCCUGAAGGUGAUAGGGGUGCAGAGGGAGGACCAGGGCCAGUACACCUGCACCCUGACCUUCAGCCUGGACGGAGUGACCGGGAGUGUGUCCGAGACCAUAGAUGCUGAAGUCAGAGGAGACUACUGUCUGCUGCCUCAAGUCCGGGAACCUGCCAACGACGUGAUCAAAGCGGAGCUGGGCUCCAACCUGACCCGCCGCUGCCUGGUGUUCGUGCCGUGUGAGGGGAUCCCCCGGCUGAACGUGGAUGUGUACUGGCUGGUGGAGGACAGCUACAUCGCGGACGAUCCCUUGGAGCGCGUCUACUCCUCCCAGCAGCGGGUGGUGACAGUGCAGGAGGACGGGGUCUGGAUGGAGAACUGGCUCGUCAUCUCAGAGCUGAAGGAGACAGACUUCAACCUGAACUACACCUGCCUCGUGCUGAGCGAGAGAGGCAGCCCCUACUGCUACUUCACACUACUGCAUACAGGUGCGUCAUGGGCGUGUGCCAACAUUACCCCCCUCAUGCUUCGAGGCACCACGAGCACCGACGAAGUCGGGGGCCGUGCGCGUGGCGUUCGCGCAGGUUGUGGGCGUCCCCUGAUCGGUUUGUGCUGCGGCGGGUUGUGGGCCGUUCGCGGGCGGCGCGUUUACGGAGUAGCGGUGGUUUUCGCCCAACGGGCGCGGAAUGGGCAAGGGCUCCCGGACCUGUGUCCAGAUCUUUAG